AUGCUCUUGGUGUCCCUUUUGACGGUUCUUGUAAUUUGUAAACCUCUUGGGAAAAAGGGUUUCUUUGGGGGGUUUCAGUGUUGGGGAUUUAUGGACGAGGUGGAAGCAGCUAACAAAGCUGCCGUGGAAAGUUGCCAUAGAAUUUUAAAUCUGUUGGCUCAACCCCAAGAUCAUGUACAAUCGAAAAACCUGAUGUUACAAACAGGGGAAGCUGUUGUUAGAUUCAAGAAAGUUGUAUCUCUUCUUGACAAUGGUUUAGGUCAUUGUAGAGUGAGAAAAUUGAAGAAAACUCAAAACUUGAUCCCCCAAAACAUACUCCUAGACAGCACCCCAGUUCAAGAACCACUGAAACCCCUUCAAUUUCUUGCAACACCUCCUAAUCAAACUCACCCAGUUCAGGAGAUCGGUUCAAACGGUGUGAAGAACACUCUUUCCUUAGUGAACCAUAAGCCAUCACUUGAAUUGAGCACCACUGGGAAAAACCCUAUUCAAAUUUCCCAACAGAACCCUAACCCUAAUUCUAAUUACCAAUUCCUGCAACACCAUCACCAUCACCAGCAACAGGCACAAUUACAGCUCAAACAGCAGGCUGAGAUGAUGUAUCGACGCAGCAAUAGUGGGAUAAAUUUGAAUUUUGAUAACGCACCUACCAUUUCAUCUAAUAAGUCUUUUAUCUCUUCAUUGAGUAUGGAAGGGAGUGUGACUACUUUAGAUGGUAGUUCUUUCCAUUUGAUUGGGUCAUCUCGGUCAACUGAUCAAGCUACCUAUCAACACAAACCCAGGUGUUCUGCAAGGGGAGAUGAUGGAAGCACAAAAUGUGGGAGUUCUGGUAGAUGCCACUGCUCUAAAAAGAGGAAGCACAGAGUUAAGAGGUCAAUCAAAGUUCCAGCUGUUAGCAACAAGCUUGCAGAUAUCCCCCCUGAUGAGUAUUCUUGGAGGAAAUAUGGCCAAAAGCCUAUCAAGGGUUCUCCGCAUCCCAGGGGAUACUAUAAAUGCAGCAGCAUGAGAGGUUGCCCAGCAAGAAAGCAUGUGGAAAGGUGUUUGGAUGAUUCAACAAUGCUUAUUGUCACCUAUGAAGGGGAGCACAACCAUACCAGGUUGCCUUCCCAAUCUGCAAACACAUGAAAGAAUCUUUUGAUAGAAAGCUCUCGAGCCCAGAGUUUUUUGUUGACUGUUGUCUGUUGUCUGUUUAAUCUUUUCUUGAUCGCAUUGGGUUGCUCCCGUAUAUGUUUUUAGUGCGAUUUGGGGGAAAUAUAUAUGAAGGGAUGUGUCAAAUUGGACAAAUUUUCAUCUGGGGUAUGUUUGGUUUUUGUUCUUUUUAUCAACUUAGAGUAGACUUUUCUUUUGUGUUUUUUGUUGUGGUACAUUGUGCCUUUGGAUUGGCUAAAAUGAAACCCCUUUUGCUGGGCUGAAAGCCUGGAAUGAUUGGUUGUUUUGCGGGUUAGAGAACUUAAAUAGUGGU